AUGCUGUUUUUAUGUGCUGUUCUCCGAGGGGACUCCUUGAGCUCAUCCACUGAAAACGCACAAAUCUAUAGCCACCCACGCCGUGUACAGGAAUUUUUUGACCAGCGCGAGAUUAGUGCGGUUGAAUUUGAUCGACUGAGGCUAAUCAAGAUGGAACCCUAUACCUUGCUAUUAUUCAUAUUUGUGAUCCAGAUAGUCAAGCAGAUCAUAAGUGCUGUUGGGAAACAGUCUAUAGAGUCGAUAUCAUGGGUACUUUACUGUAGAGUAGCUCCGAAAUUUGGCCAUUCAAAACUUGCCUCGAUGUCACAAAAAUCUAGCCAACUUCGAACCGUGGCAGGGGAAAGAAGAGCUGUCAGUGCUCAAGAUCAGUAUGCCAAAUGGACGAAAUUGAAUCGUCAACAUGACAAAUUAGUGGCAGAAAUCGAACAAUUGCAAAAAGAAGUUGAUCUCGAUAAAGUAAAGGUGAAUACAUUUACAGGAUACUUGAUAGCUAUUUUGACAUCGAUUCCUAUUUGGUUUUUCAGAGUAUGGUACAGGAGUGUGGUUCUCUUCUAUUUUCCUCCAGGAAUUCUUCCUCGUGCACUCGAAUGGUCAAUAGCACUUCCAUUCACUGUCACUGGAGGUGUUAGCUUGACAGUGUGGAUGAUGGCUGCUGGCGCCGUAGCGUCGUCGCUCACUUUUUUGUUUAUGUUUCCAUUUGAAAAGGCGGUACCCAAGCCAGUACUUGCUAAAAAGCUGCCUCAACAAUUGUAA